AUGAAAAGCUCUGCCAAGAGUCCGAGCGUUGAAAAGAAAAGCAAAGAGGAAGCUCCAGAACCGGUUUUAUGUGAAAAAAAUGAAUUUCCAUCUACCUCUACAUCAUCAACAAUUAAUAAGGAUUGUCAUAAAAUGCCAAGCUCCGACUUUAAAGGCAAGAUUACUAGCAGUACCGGUACAAAUAAAACUGACAUUUCCAACUAUAUUGGAAAACAACCUGAUGAUCAUACCAUAUCUAAAUUUCUGGGAUCAGACAGUAAAGAUGGUGACUUAGAAUCCCAUGGGAGUGCCGAGUACCACAAGGAAGCGGUUAUGAAGGGUCUCAACUUUUUGAAGUCAUACCACAAUCCUUCCCUUGAAGUAACAAAUCAGAUUUCUUCGUAUAGACUUCAAAAAGUACAAGAAAACAGACAAAGACUAUCCCCUAUAAUUGAAUCAAUUAUCUUUCUUGGAAGGCAAAAUAUUCCCCUUCGCGGUCAUAGGGAUCAUGGUAAAAUUAAUUUAGACACCAGUGCAAUUUCCAACGAGGGAAAUUUUCGAGAACUUCUUAGAUUUCGGGUUCAAUCUGGAGAUAAGGUAUUGGAAGACGAUCUAAGAACAGCAUCGUCAAGAGCUACGUACAUCAGUAAAAAAACCCAAAAUGAUCUUAUUUUUCUUUGUGGUCAAGAAAUUCUAGAAGUUAUCAAGAGGAGAAUUCACGAUGCACCAUACUACAGCAUCAUGUUCGACGAAACAACAGAUAUGUCACAUACAUCUCAAAUGGCAUUGACUCUGCGAUAUGUGAACAAAGGAAAAGUAAGAGAAGAUUUUGUUAAAUUUAUUGAUGUAAGGGCUUCUCUAAUAGAAGAAAGCAAUACAGAAACCGUAGAUGAAGAACCAGAGAUAUAUGAAGAAAUGAAUAAAAACAUUGACCCAAUGAUGGAGGAAAUUGUUUUAUCAGGGGAAACAUUGGGUAGACUGGUGCUAAAAACAAUGAAAGAGCUGUCAUUAGACAUAAAAAAGUGUGUCGGAAUAUGCACGGAUGGUUGUAGUGUAAUGAUAUCAGAAUCUAAAGAUGCUGUGCAAGAAAUCAAACAGGAAGCCAAAUUUGCCGUUAAAGCUCCUUGUUUCAAUCACAGUUUAAAUCUAUCACUGUCCAAAUCAUCUCAAGUUCAGGCUUUUAGAAAUGCAACGGGUACCAUACAACAAACAGUUUCGUUCUUCACGUCUUCCUCAAAGAGAAAUCAAGUUUUGAAACACUAUGUAGGUGGCAAGCUACCUGGAUUGUGUGAAACACGUUGGGUGGAAAGGCAAACAUCGUUUUUACAAUUCAGACUUAAGUUCUCUGAAAUCAUUCAAGCCCUGGAAUCAGUAGCUUCAUGGCAAGAUUUAAAAGCUGCAUCCAAGGCGAGAACCUUGAUUUGUGCCUUACUGAACAGUACUUUCCUUAUCACUGUAGUGUGUAUGUGCAACAUAUUUUCACUUACACUGCCUUUUAGCAAGCUACUUCAAAAACCUGAUAUUGACUUGAAAUGUGCAUUGAAACAUUUUACGGACAUGACCAAAGCACUUGCCAAUCAACGGAACACAGCGAUUGUUUGCUUUAAAGAUUUGUUCCAAGAAGCAAAGGACAUCGCCGAGAAGACAAAUUUUGAUAUUAGUAUUCCAAGAAUAUCACAAGUGCAGAAGAAUCGAGCCAACCACGCAAUUAAAGACCCAGAGACAUACUUUAGAGUAUCAGUGUUGCUUCGCAUUCUAAACUCUGUAAUAGAAGACACAAAGUCUCGUUUUCCUGAAGAAACAUUGGAGUUGUACAAUCUUCACGUAUGCAUGCCUGAAUACCUGAUAACCAACUCUGUUCAAGACAUGUUUAAAAAAACUGAGUGUUUAGUAGGAGGAAGAAAACCUCCUCCUAUUUGUAUGCCUUUACCAGGCGGCAUUUCAAAAUUCUGUGGUAGGGUUUAUAACAUCGGUCGCCAAGGAGAGGAAUUCAAUGCUUGCUUAGGCCUGGAACUUCGAGCCCUUAAUGAUAUCGAAGCAGCAAUAAGAGUUUCUUGCUUUCGAUUUGGACCAAAUGGUUUAAGGUUGGAACCACCUCAACCAUUACCUCCAGUUGAUAAUGAGAAUGAUGACGAUGAUGACGACGAUGAUGAUGACGAUGAUGAUGAUGAUGACGAUGACGAUGAUGACUUUGGAUUUGACGGAGAUGACGAUGAUGACAGUGAUGGUGAUUCAAUAGAUUACAGUGUUUUUGAUGAUGAUUUUAUUGGUGAAUACUUCCAAGGGGAAGAUGAUUCAUCAAGUUCCAGUAAUAAAAAUAAAGGUUCCACCACCACUCAAAAACCUUUAAGGAGGAAUACAAGAAAACCUAUACAUAAACCUAUUGAAAAAAAACCGAUACGAAGAAAAACAAAACCUCAGCUACAACAAACCGUCACAACACCCAAAAGUGGAAUUACGAAAAAACCUGUAGGACCCGUUAAAAAAGUCACAAAAAUCCCACAUCAUAGAAGAACAACCAAACCUGUUACGGAAUCUUCUAAACCGAUUACUAAAGCACCGAUGCCACAAAACCAACCCUCUACAGAACGUCAACCAGUAAUUAUUACCGAAACAAAUGUAAAUGUUUCUGUAAAUCCGAUUAUAUCUACCAGUCUACCACCUGAUACUCCUAUUUCAACGACAGAAGAACAAAAAACUGAAGCUACUAGUCCAAAAAUAAGAAUUGACAUUACUGAUUAUAAUAAAAUGACCCAGAUAGUUGUUCCAGUUACUAAAGUUGAGCAAUUUUCUUCGGAAGAAACUGAAGAUCCUAUUGCUGAUAUGGUCCAAGAUGCUAUAGAAGAUGAAAUAUCUGACUCAACAGAAAAUACAACCACUCAAACGAAGAAAGUUACGAUUAACUCGUCACCACAAACUAAAGAGUCAACAGAAGUAUUUGAUGAAGUUGUAGAUGGUGUUGUUGACACUUUUGCAGGAGAAGAAUCGGAAGAAGCAAGACUUUCCUAA